UGGGUCCGCCCUUUCUCCCUACGUGCGCGGCUUGGCGGGCGGUGUUUGGCGCGCUGUAGUGGACGGCAUUGAAGUUUUCCCGGCCGGUGCUUGGCACAGCAUCUGGAAAAUGGCGCAGGGCAUGCCGGCCGGUUUCCCCACCGUACAGGCGGGGCUGCGGGAGGCCUUGCUGGAAACCCUGAGUGGUAUCCUGUCCCCUGGACACGAGGUGCGAGCGGCGGCGGAGGAGCAGCUGAAAGUGCUGGAAGUGACAGAGGAAUUCGGGGUGCACCUGGCUGAGCUGACCAUUGAUCCCCAAGGUGCUCUCGCCAUAAGACAGCUGGCGUCAGUGGUUUUGAAGCAGUAUGUUGAAAAUCAUUGGUGUUCUCAGUCGGAGAAGUUCAGGUUACCUGAGACUACAGAAAGAGCUAAAGCAGCAAUUCGUCAACUGCUUCCUCGUGGUCUUAGAGAGUCUAUAAGUAAAGUACGUUCCAGUGUGGCAUAUGCGGUGUCUGCUAUUGCACAUUGGGAUUGGCCUGAAGCCUGGCCGCAGCUUUUUAGCUUGCUCAUGGAGAUGCUAGUAAGCGGGGAAGUCAAUGCUGUCCAUGGUGCCAUGAGAGUCUUGACAGAGUUUACUCGUGAGGUAACUGACACACAAAUGCCUUUGGUAGCUCCUGUCAUUCUUCCAGAAAUGUACAAGAUCUUUACAAUGAGUGAGGUAUAUGGAAUUCGUACCCGAUCUCGAGCUGUGGAAAUAUUCACUACAUGUGCCCACAUGAUCUGUACUAUGGAGGAAUUGGAAAAGGGUGUGGCACAUGCGCUUAUCUUUCCAGUGAUACAGCAGUUUACAGAGGCAUUUGUCCAGGCUCUUCAGAUGCCUGAUGGUCCCUCUUCUGAUAGUGGCUUAAAGAUGGAAGUGUUAAAGGCUGUCACUGCACUGGUUAAGAACUUUCCUAAGCACAUGGUUUCCUCAAUGCAGCAAAUUCUACCUAUUGUAUGGAAUACAUUGACUGAGAGUGCAGCUUUUUAUGUUCGGACUGAAGUUAAUGAUACAGAAGAAAUAGAGGAUCCUGUGGAUUCCGAUGGUGAAGUAUUAGGUUUUGAGAACCUGGUAUUUAGUAUAUUUGAAUUUGUGCAUACGUUGCUGGAGAACAAGUUCAAAGGAACUGUAAAGAAGGCUCUACCUGAACUGAUUUAUUACAUUAUCCUCUACAUGCAAAUCACUGAAGAACAGAUAAAAGUGUGGACUGCAAAUCCCCAGCAGUUUGUUGAGGAUGAAGAUGAUGAUACAUUUUCGUACACUGUCCGAAUAGCAGCUCAGGAUCUUUUACUGGCGGUUUCUACUGAAUUCCAGAAUGAAAGCGCGAUUGCACUUGCUGCUGCUGCCACUCGUCACUUCCAGGAGGCUGAACAAAUGAAGAGUCAAGGUGGAGAGCACUGGUGGAAAAUACAUGAAGCCUGCAUGCUGGCCUUGGGGUCAGUGAAGUCUAUUCUUACAGAGGGUGUUCAGAGCGGAAGAGUUCAAUUUGAUAUGCCUGGAUUUUUGACUGGAGUUAUUCUUUCAGAUCUUAACCUUUCAGUUUCCCCAUUCCUACUUGGGCGCUCUCUUUGGGCCGCAAGUCGAUUCACAGCUGCUAUGUCUCCAGAGUUAAUUCAGCAGUUCCUCCAGGCUACUGUGAGUGGACUUCAUGAUAAUCAGCCACCAUCAGUGCGCAUUUCUGCUGUCAGAGCUAUUUGGGGGUAUUGUGAUCAGCUCAAAAUCUCAGAAAGCACUCAUGUUCUUCAGCCCUUUUUGCCAAGUGUGGUUGAUGGACUUAUACACCUUGCAGCACAGUUUACUUCUGAGGUGUUGAAUUUGGUAAUGGAAACUCUGUGCAUUGUCUGCAGUGUGGAUCCGGUGUUUACAGCAAAUGCUGAAUCUAAGAUUUGUCCUUUCACCAUUGCAAUCUUCCUCAAGUACAGUAAUGAUCCUGUUGUUGCAUCUUUGGCACAAGACAUUUUUAAAGAAUUGGCACAGAUACCGGGAUGUCAGGGUGCCAUGCAAAUGCGGCUUAUUCCAACUCUUGUUAGCAUAAUGCAGGCUCCUCCUGAGAAGAUUCCAAGUGGUCUUUGUGGAACCUCCAUUGAUAUUUUGACCACAGUUGUGAGGAACACAAAGCCACCUCUUUCAGAACUUCUUAUCUGUCAAGCUUUUCCUGCAGUUGCUCAGUGUACCCUACGUACAGAUGAUAAUACAAUCAUGCAGAAUGGCGGUGAGUGUCUUCGGGCCUAUGUUUCAGUUGCACUGGAGCAAAUUGCACAGUGGCAGGAUGAUCAAGGACACAGUGGUCUUUGGUAUGUCAUGCAAGUAGUUAGCCAGCUUCUGGACCCACGGACAUCUGAAUUCACUGCAGCAUUUGUGGGACGUCUUGUAUCCACUCUUAUUUCCAAGGCUGGUCGUGAGUUGGGUGAAAAUUUGGAUCAAAUUUUGAGAGCGAUUCUUAGCAAGAUGCAGCAGGCAGAGACUCUAAGUGUCAUGCAGUCCUUGAUCAUGGUGUUUGCACACCUUGCAAACUCUCAGUUGGAGCCAUUGCUUGAAUUCCUUUGCAGUCUUCCUGGUCCUACUGGUAAACCAGCUCUAGAGUUUGUCAUGUCAGAGUGGAUGAGUCGACAGCAUUUGUUCUAUGGACAGUAUGAAGGCAAAGUCAGCUCGGUAGCUCUUUGCAAGAUUCUUCAGUAUGGCAUUAACAUGGAUGACAAGAGACUACAAGAUAUCAAAGUAAAAGGAGAUGAAAUAUUUGAUAUGCAGGAAGGUAUCCGCACUAGAUCCAAGACCUCCAGAAAUCCUCAACGUUUUACAAGCAUCCCUUUGUUGAUAAAGAUUUACAAACUGAUAAUUAAUGAAUUGUCAAGUGUAAUUGAGGCAAAUGCGACUAGAAAUGCAGAAGAGGAAUGGGCACAAAAUAAUGAAGAUGCUAAUGAUAUGUGGGAAGAUGAAGAUGAGGAUGAAGGUUUGGCUGGCCAACUCUUAUCAGACAUAAUUUCUUGCAAUAAAUAUGAUGAAGAUUACUAUGAGGAUGAUGAGGAGGAUGAUCCUGAUGUACUGAAGGACCCUUUAUACCAGAUUGAUCUUCAAACAUACCUGACAGAAUUUCUGCAGCAGUUUGCCCAGCAACCAUGUUUCUCUGCAUUCUCCAAUCAUUUGAAUGACAAUGAACGUCGAAUUCUCCAGUCCAUUGGUAUAUAAAUGCUCUGUUUUCAUCGGAUGAGCAAUCAACUCAAGCACUUACUGGCAGGAUUUACUUGCUAGUUGUAUAAGAUGAGAAACUGACCCCUCUGUUUUGAGGAGCCACUGUGGAAUCUUUGUAGAUGUGGUCGGUUUUCUUUUGACCCUAUUUGGACAGACAUCCACUUAAUUGCCAUUAACUUGAAAUAGACAAUAGAAUUAUGGUGGCAGAUUGUGACAGGUAAGGAGGGAUAGCAGAGAGUGGCUGUAUUUCUCAACUUUCUCAAGAUCUCUACAGUCACCAGUAACCAGCAACACUGUUCACAACAUUUAGCACUUUGGUUCUAGUAUGUCUGUUCUCUUGGCUCCUGUGGUUAAUGUUUUUUCUACCAUAAUUAUAUUUGAAAAGUACAUGGUGCCUUGUAAUAUAAUUCAAAGGGCGCAACACUGUUGAGUAGUACGUCAACCUCUGCACUUCUUUGUGCCUGUCAACUGCUCUCAGGCCAAAAAGAGUGUUAAUGGGAAGGCGUAAACAGUAGUAGCCAAUUUUAUUUAGCAGUUUUAUUGCUGCUAAAAUAAUGUACUGUCUGAAAGAGCACAUUAAUAAAAUCUGGUCAUGGCAUAAAUAUGCCUCUUAUUGAAGUCCAACUGGGGAUAUAGCAGGCUCAAUAGUUUUCUAGUACUGGCUAAUAGUGCAGAGGACAAUGAUAACAAUGGUUUUUGUUUGUUUUUGCCUGCGUCAUAACAUUUAGGAGAUGCACAAAAAUAAUAUGCAGCUAUGUGCUAUUGAGGAAGCUUUUACAUAUUUAUUUAUGAGGGUGAUCUUACUGUACCUGCCAGGCAGGGGCAGCAGUGUAUUUAGGGGCUAGGGAAACAUCCCUUGUGCACCAAUCACUCAUUUGCAUAUUACAAUUUUUGUGCAGAUCUCCUAAAAGUUCAAAAAUAAUGGAUCCGUGUCAUCCGCACUAUAAGCGAGUACCAGCAGAUUAAUAUGGGUGACCCUGUUGUCAGUUUUUUUUUUUUUUAAAUGUUGUUUAGUGAAAGGGAUCCAUAUUCUGAAGGUUUUAAAACAAGUCCGGGGAAUGACACUAGUUUUGCUUAUGAGGCCCAAUUUCAGGGCUUGCUGAAUAAUAGAGAACCUGAUGAAGGAGCUAUUCUCUAUUUGUGUACCUGUAUAUGCAUAUCAGUUUACGAACAAAACAUUGAAACUGAAGACAUUUCAUGUGUUUUCCAUUUAAGGAAAAUAAAAUAUAUGAAUAACUUAUCAUUUAGGGUCUCAAAUAUAUUUUACUGUUAAUGAAUUCAUGUCUAUGUAUUGUUUGCUGAGCAAAACUUAUAAUGGGAACAGUGUUACAUUCUGUACAUAUUAUAAACUACUUUAUUGAUCAUUG